AUGACUGUGCCCAAGGACGUUUCACUCCCCAAAGAUUCGCUGGUUCUUGUGACUGGCGUCACUGGCUUCAUUGGCUCCAAUGUCGCCGAUCAGUUCCUGAACUACGGCUACAGAGUCCGCGGUACUACCCGCGACGCUGGCAAGGCGGCCUGGUUGAGCGCGCUCUUUGAGGAGAAAUAUGGAAAGGGGCGUUUUGAGCUCGCCACAGUUGUCGACAUGGCUGCUGAUGGAGCGUACAAUGAUGCAGUGAAAGGAGCAAGCGCCGUCGCGCACGUCGCUUCGGAUAUGUCAAUGGACUACAACCCGAACAAGGUCAUCCCUCCAGUUGUCGCCGGCGCUCUUAGCGCCCUCAAGGCCGCGAUAGCCGAGCCUAGCGUCAAGCGGUUCGUUUACACGUCGUCCUCAUCCGCGACUACGAACGCAAGCACCAGCAAGGAGGGCGUCGUUGUCACGGAGGAGACUUGGAACGAUGCGGCUGUCCGUGAGGCGUGGGCUGACCCACCCUAUGAGCCCAGCCGCGCUUCGGCUGUCUAUUCCGCCAGCAAGACAACUGCGGAGAAGGAAACCUGGGCGCUCUAUCGCGAAGCCCAGAAGAGUCGACCGGAUCUCAUCAUGAACACUGUUCUGCCCAAUGUCAACUUUGGUCCAAGCCUUAACCCUGCGAUCCAGGGUCAUCCCAGCACUUCAUACUACCCCGUCCUGGCAUGGAAGGGAGACCGUGCCUCAAUUGAGCCACUACUGCCUCAAUACUUCGUGAACGUUCAAGACACUGCCCGGCUUCACGUUGCUGCCGCGAUCCUGCCCCAAGUCAAGGAUGAGCGCAUCUUUGCCUACGCAGGCAGGUUCAACUGGGACACCGUGCUGGAUAUCUUGAGAAAGCACAACCCGGGACGUGAAUUCAUCCCCAACUUCCAUGGUGGUGUGGAUGCCAACGUGAUAAAGCCGGCUGCUCGGGCAGAAGACUUGCUCCGCCAAAUCGGAAGGACCGGAUGGACUUCGCUUGAGGAGUCCAUUUUGGCAAACACGGAGGAUCUCCGGGAUUAA